AAACUCGUAUUAUCGCCUCUGGGUUCUAUUAUUACUCCAUUAUGUGUCUUUCAAUUAUUUUAAUUAUUUUAGUUAUUUUAAUGAUUAAGUUAUCUAACGCUUCAUUUUGAAAAACCUAGCAAUCUACAGAAUUUUACAGAUGACUGUGCAGGAACUACUUCUAGCGUUACCAAUAGCCUAGUAGUAAUUUGGUACGCCGGUUAUCCUCAUUAUCAAAUAUUGCUACAAUAAUAUCGUGUCAAUUCAGGUUAACCGGGUUAGCAAGUUUCAGUUAGUAGAAAUAGCUACUGUAUCGUACCUAGAUAAGGUAGCCUGCCUCCAUCAAUGUUGCAAAUAUUUUUUUCCUAAAUAUUUUACAUCGCUCUCAAGUAAAGGUUAAUAGUAGUCAGAUACAUUCUGUAUCAUGGUUAACUAAAACGUUUGUACUAACAUUACGAUUAAACAGUGGGAUCUUAAUGUGAACAAUUUGUAUUUUUUUUUAUUGAUCAUGCACAUGUAAACAGACAGUAAAUUAUACAGAAAUCUGGUGUGUGCUUAUUUUUAUUUUCUACAAAGUAGACAAUAGAAAUGUAUCAAAAACUUAAUACACAAUAAAAUAAACAUUUUAAAAUAAGGCAUAUGUAAAAAUAAAUAUCUAAAAAUAAUCUAAUCUAGUUGUACUCCAUUAACAUUACAGAACCCCUUCAGCUUCAUGGCAACUACACAGGGAGCCUUAACAUUUGCAGUUAGCAUCCUGAUGAUAACAGAGUUGAUACUAGCAAGAAAGGACUAUUAUGACAUAUUGGGAGUACCAAAAGAUGCAAACGAGCGUCAGAUAAAGAAGGCUUUUCACAAGCUGGCAAUGAAAUAUCACCCAGACAAGAGCAAGAGCCCAGACGCUGAGACUAAAUUCCGAGAAAUAGCAGAGGCUUAUGAAACAUUGUUAGACGAGAAGAGGAGACAAGAAUACGACCAGUUUGAACACGACACAUUCUAUGACGACAGAACCAAAAACAGAAAUGUUCCAAACAACCACCGGCCCAUCAACUUCAACUUUGAUCACAUGUUCAAGGACUUUGACAUUUACAACCAGAACCGUCAUGCCCGUCACAAGAGGCACUCUGAAGAACACUUUCGAGCUCAACAAGAGGCGUACCACAGCAGACACCAGAGACACUUCCAGGGUGCCUUUGCUGGAGCAGGCGGCUUCGAUGACAUGUUUGACGACAUGGAGAAGAUGUUCACUUUUGACCGGGACUCUACUAAGAGGACAGGGAGCUCAUUUCGGGGUACUACCGCGAAGCAACACUGCAGGACGGUGACGCAGCGCAGGGGAAACAUGGUGACCACUUACACAGACUGCACUGGCUCCUGAGGACAGAGGCCAUGUGUAUAUGUCAUGCAAUAUGCAAGCUUGUGUUGUCGCACAUGUGAGGGAAGACUGUGGUCUGAAAUGAGGAGGCACAACCCAAAUUUGUCAAAUAAAAAAAACAAAAUUUUUAUUUGUUUUGGUCACACAGCAUUUUCAAGAGUUUUCUACAUUGUGCCCCAUUAAACAUGACCCUGCAACAGCUUGCAGCUGGGUAGGGAACCACCAGUGAAUUCUGUGCUGGUCAGUGCUGAUUUGUGGAGUCACAGAGUAGAUAGUUAAUGAUAAGUUGAGCAGACAUUCUUUUAUGAGAAAGAAAAAAAGCGCUGAAUAGCUUUUGAAGCAUAUCACUCACAGUUUAAAUACUUAGAAUUUGAAUGUGGUAGAGAAAUAUUUUUGGAAUAGUGUUAUGACAUUGCAUACUAAAAUAGGCAAUCAUUAUUUUAGUAGUAAAUAUCUAUAAAGACUGAAUAUAUCCAAGGUUUUUGAAGAAUAGCUUAUAGUCAUAUGUGAAGCUAAAAGUAGGAGAUAAUAAUAUGUGUAAUUUUUGUCCUUAUGCACUUUCAAUUGUCCACUAGAAAAAUAUAUUUUCAUGGAAGAAUGUUUUUGCUUGAGCUUUGUAGUCCAUUUUAAGCCAAAAUGUUUCACUAACUACAACCACCCCCAGAUCUUGAUGUGGUGUGUGUGCAUUAGUAGGUUUGUUUGUACUGGCUGCACAUUAUGUGAAUUGAGCUGUUUUGGAACAAAACAGUGUGAACAAUGACACUGGGGCAGGUUUUCUUUUGGUUGAUAAAUGGAGUACAAUGUCAGCAAAAUGUACCCUCAGUGAGAAAAUGUGAUGACACAAAAAUACAGGAUUUUGAUAUAGUCGGAAGUCACAUUUUUGUGGUUAAGUGAUGGUAACCACUUUUACUGUAUUUGAAAUUGGGUACAAAUGUACAGAGCUGCUAGAGCUUAUAUUGCAAAGGGAAAGACAUGUAUAAUAUUUAGUUUUUUUUUUUCUGUAAGAUUCAUUGUUAUGAUUUUACGUUAGGGGACUUUUGUCAAUAUCUCCUUUUUGCAUGGACAACUUGAAUUUAUAUGCUUACACUUAGGGUUAACCCUACCCCAUGUAAAUACCAUCCUCAUAAACUUCUGUUACCUCACCAUUCACUAGGCUAGGCAAGACAUGUACAGUUUGUUCUCCACUUUGUUAUUUGAUGUGCAAUAUUUUAAGUUCCUUUAUUAUUUUUUUUACAAAUGUUCUUGCUUUCUCAUUGUGAUAUGUUGACCCAUGUAGCACUUUCCUGAUAAAAGCCGGAUCCGCAGUCA